AUGUUGAUUGUACAAUCAAUUGAAGAAAAUAUACAAUCAGUUCAAAUGUCUGUAAUGACGGGCUACCGAUUUUCAUGUACUAAUACAACGUGUUUACCUUUCACCAAUACAUUUGCGUCUUAUAUUCUUAAAUGUCAAAUAGCUUGUUUAGCUGAAACUCAAUGUCAAGCAGCCAGUUUUAAUCCAUCAACUUCUAACUGUCAAUUGUUUGUUAAUAUAUCGAACCAAAUUGGGAACAUAGUGCCCGAUAUAAAUACUAUUACUAUGAUUACUAUUGCUGGAACACGAGUACCAUCUGAACCGACUACAACAACAACGGCAACAAACACAACAACAACUGUUCCCAAAUAUACAGCUUUACUUAUUAGUGAUUCUGGAGCAGCUGUACACAGUUUGAUCAAUCUUUUACAAUCAGCUGGAAUCAAUUCUACUUAUAGUUCUAAUAAUGUUGUAUAUUAUAAUGGUACACCUGAUGCAGCUACUUUUGGAGUUGUCAUCAUUGUUACUGGUACUUCGAGUGGCUAUGACAUGACUACUAAUGGACAACAAUCGAUUUUAAAUGCACAACAAAACAAUGCUACCGGCGUGGUUCUGACUGAAUGGGCAGCUUUUCAGUUCAAUAACAGCUUGUGGACAAUUUUACGUCCGUUGCAACUUUUUACACGAUCUAAUUCUGAUAGUUCGAAUAUAACAAUGAAUUUAACUAUUCCAAAUCAUCCCAUUUGGAAUAAUCUUUCUACUUCAUUUACAAGCACAUCGAUAGUCACUUACAAUAGGGGUGGAUCACUUAUUAAUAAUGGUACAAUCCUUGCCAGCUGUUUGCAGUGCAGUGGAGGACCUGGAGUUGCUAUUCGGUCUAGUUCCAUUCCAGCAACAAUAGGUCGUAUUGUUCAAAUUGCACACGCUGGUCACUACACUAGUGGUGUUGCAAACUUUAAUUGGGCAAACGAUAUUAAUUUGAGCACGAUGAUGAUUAAUGCAGUUAAAUGGGCUGCUAAUCUUAUUUGA